AUGAAGAUUCACCGUAUUGAAUCUGUUCGGCGCCUCCCUGAGCGUCUGAAGUCACGGACGCUGCAAAGGAGCACAGUCAGGGUAACAGCUAGCACAAAUGAGGGUGGACGAACCGUGCGCGUGCAGUUCAGCGUUCACUACCGUGCUCACCGCCAUCAAAUCCUAUGCAUCGGCGGGUCCCAGUUGCCUUUAGGCUGGUCCUUCCUCUCUAUUGCGAAAAUGCCGAUGUCAUGGAAUCCUGGGGACAAAUGGACCUGUGAGGAAUGGACCAACUUGGCCGAUAAGUUCUCACAGGGCUACGUUGAGGUACCAUAUAGAACUGCAGCGGAUCCAGGGCGGGCUCUUGACCCCCGGGAAAUUGUGGCUAUGGCAAUUGUGGCUUGGCAACCAGGACCGAACCGGUUCCUGCAAGUUCCAGAUGAGGAUGAGUUGAAGCGCCUAGAAAGUGGGCUGCCCCCCGAAAAAGCUACGGAGAACCUCUCCUUGGACGAGUCGGGGAUACCUAAAUUAAUACGGGAUGAUGCAUGGGGGUGGCCUUGA